CCCGUGGGAAUUAAGGAAGCGGUGCGAGGCCCUCAGCCUCAGUGUCUCAGACUCUCCCACCCGCUGCCGGGCGACCUCUCCUCUCCCUGAAGGUGGACCUGAAACUCCAGCACCUCGACCUCUGGGCCAGCCUCCAUGGCCGGGUCCCGGGCUUGCUGGACUGGGACAUGGGCAACGAGUCCUUCCUGGCCUUCACCUCGGCGCACCUGCCCCUGGCUGAGCAGAACCUUGCCAGAUACAGACUUCGAAUAGUUGAGCCACCAAAAGUACCUGUGGGAAAAACACCCAGCUCUUAUAAGGAUGGCCCAGCUGUUGAGCCCAACCUGUGGAUGUGGGUGAACCCCAACAUUGUGUAUCCUCCCGGAAAGCUGGGGGUCCCAGAACCUCAUAAGGGGGAGGAUCUCCCAGGCACACCCCCCUCCCCUGAGCCAGCGCCAAAAGAGGAAGACUCUGCCAGCUGCUCCGAGUCCACAGCAGUGGAGUCACUGCCACCGUCCUCGCCCUCCAGCGAGCAGUCGCCCCCUCAGAAGUGGUUUGCCUCUCCCCCGGGCAGCUGGGAGCUCACAGAAGAGGAGGAGGCCGAGGACCAGGAUGACAGCACCUCUAUGGCUCUCCCGUCCCCUCACAAAAGGGCCCCCCUCCAAAGUCGGAGGCUUCGGCAAGCCAGCAGCCAGGAGAGGAGGCUCUGGUCCCGGCCCCCUCUCAAUUACUUCCACCUAAUUGCCCUGGCAUUAAGAAACAGUGCCCCGUGUGGCCUCAACGUGCAGCAGAUCUACAGUUUCACUCGACAGCAUUUCCCCUUUUUCCGGACGGCCCCUGAAGGCUGGAAGAACACCGUCCGUCACAACCUCUGUUUCCGAGACAGCUUUGAGAAAGUGCCGGUCAGCAUGCAGGUUGGGGCGGGCUCACGGCCCCGCUCCUGCCUCUGGAAGCUGACGGAGGAGGGACACCGCCGCUUCACAGAGGAGGCCCGCGCCCUGGCCUCUAGCCGGCUGGAGAGCAUCAGGCGGUCCAUGAGUCAGCCAGAUGUGAUGCCCUUCCUCUUUGACCUUUAAAUCUGAGAAGCAGGAGUCAGC